GUGUGACCGCACCCGCGAGGGCUCAGAAGCCAAGGAGUAGGACGUGGGGAUCCGGGUUCUAAGCCUCCCCUUCUGGCGUGGUGUGGCCUCCUCGACUCUUGGCCGCGGUUUUCCCCACCUGGGCAGUGGGGACUGGCGCCCAAGCGGGCGCCAGGGGACUGUCGGACUCGGGAAGGGGGCGGAGCCGCACCCCGGAGGGGCCCCUUUGCACAUGGGUUUGGAGGACCACUCCCGGCCCCACCCCACGAUGACUGCCCACAUCCUCCUGUUGCUUCUCGCCUCCUCCGUCCUGGGGGACCCGGACUCCGUGGGCAGGCAGCCCCGGCACCGCAGGCGCCUCUGUUCCCUGGGCACAUGCCAGACCCACCGCCUCCCAGAGAUGAUAUACUGGCUCCGCUCUGCCUCCAUCAAGGAGCACUCAGGGAAGGCCGGCCGCGAGCCCCAGGACCCCCACAGCUACGGGCGCCGCCGUCGGCGCGAGGCCAGGGUCCUGCUCCGUCUCCAGGGCCUUGGCCUGAAGAAAAGAGGCCAGCGCAGUGCCCAGCUUCCUGGGUGA